AUGGCGACACGAUAUGCGGACGUUCACAAGAACCCCCAAGGCCCGGGGGAUGCUCGCCCAACAGCCAUGCAGAUCAUCCACGACGAGGGCCUAGAGGGCCAACUAAGCCGCUCCUCGAUCCUCAUCACCGGCGUAUCCUCAGGAAUCGGCAUCGAGACCGCGAAAACGCUCUUCGCAACCGGCGCAACCCUCUACCUGACAGCCCGGAACCUAAACAAAGCCAAGAAAGCGCUCGGCGACAUGGUGUCCUCUCCGCGCGUCCACCUGCUCGAACUGGACCUGGAAUCCCUCGCCAGUGUGCGCGCCUGCGCCGCCGAGGUCCUCUCCAAGACCAAAACCCUCAACAUUUUUAUCGCAAACGCCGGCGUCAUGGCCACCCCAGAAGGACGCACCAAGGACGGCUUCGAGACCCAGUUCGGAACCAACUAUCUGAGUCACUUCCUGCUCUUCCUUCUCCUGCGCCCGGCGCUUCUGGCCGCCGCGACCCCGCAGGCGAAUUCCCGCGUGAUCCUCCUCUCGUCCCUCGCCCACCGGUACUCGGAGGUUGUAUUUGACAAUCUCAACCUCGACGGCGAGUACGACAGGUGGAGGGCGUACGGGCAGAGCAAGUGCGCGCUGGUCUGGGCGGCAAAUGAGAUCGACCGCCGCUAUGCCUCCCAGGGUCUGCGUGCCUUCAGCGUCCAGCCUGGGGGGAUUCAGACCGGACUGUUGCAGUACCUGUCCAAGGAAGAGCAGAACGGAUUCAGUGACGAUCCGACUCUGGGGCCACGGCUUAAGAGCCCGGAGCAGGGUGCUGCUACGUCGGUUUGGGGGGCUGUCUCCAGAUCCCUUGAGGGAAUGGGCGGGAAGUAUCUUGAGGAUGUGCAGAUUGCCGAGGCGCAUGACGCCAGCGGGGGCCCGUGGGCACCGGGUUAUGCCUCGUAUGCGUAUAGCCCGGAGAAGGAGAGGAGACUGUGGGAAGUGUCGCUGCAGUUGGUAGGUGUGGAUGAGUGA